AUGGCUUCUUUCCUUUUGCCCCCGCCUUCCGCUCCCCUCUCUCCUCAUCAAGAACGUGGGGAAAGUAGGACGGGGCAGUUCCAAGAGUUUGCCACCGAGCCUGCUCCUGACUUUUAUCCAGAAAUUUAUAAUCACUGGGAUGCAAUGUGGAGGGGAGAGCUGGGGAACAGAGCGAAGCAUAAGCUCUCUGACCUGAAAAGUCCAUCGGAGAGGCUGCAUCGGUUGGAGACAUUGGCCUUCUGGCGGUUAUUGAGACGUGCCGCCAGGACAUUGGAGCACCCAAGACCCGUGACGGAGAGGAGCGAUGAAGCAAUAGUCCAAGACAACAAAGAGCAUGUGAGGAACCGUGAACGUGGGUGGCUCAAUGAGCGCAACUCGGAGAAGGGCAAAGUUUUGAGAAGCUACCUAGAGUGGCCCGAAGGGAUCCCCCUCCAUGAUCCCGACUCCUUCAAGAAACUUGGGUACGAUGGGAAGGAGCUGCGUGAAUGCUUUGUGAGCGCUGUGCACUGGCAAGAAGAGCAAGCAUGGAACGACAAGGCUUCCUUUGCGGGCAGCCCCAUGUCUAGCAUCUGGAGCCUUCCUAGUACGGCAGAAUCAGGGCCGUCCUCGUCAAGAAACGGAUACCCUUGCCUCGACAUACAUCCUCUCUCAAGCAGCUGGCGAGAGAUUCCACCAAUUGGAUCCAUUCGAAGUCUCUCCAGUUUUGGGUCAUCAAUGGACAUACCGAAGCCAGCACGGUCACACUCCUCGAGGGGGUCCAACCGGAGUGUGGACGGUGCGAGGAUGUUCAAGGUGAAGUUUCUGUGCAGUGCUGGGGGUGAUAUAAGAUUUACGGAUGGAGCAUGGCGGUACGUGGGGGGCGAGACGCGCUUUUUCACAGUGAGCCGGGAUAUCACGUACUCGGAGCUCAGCUUCAACCUGACCAAGUACUGCGGCACAGAAAUUGGCCUCAAAUACCAGCUACCCGACUCGAACCUCGACACGCUGGUGUUCCUGUCCAACGACCGAGACUUGAACCGCAUGAUGGAGGAGUAUGAUGAGAAUGAGUGGACGUGGGCGGGCAAAGCGCAGCGGCUGCGGCUUUUUGUUUUCCCGGAAUUGUCACUUCGUGGCAGCUUCGGCUCUCGGACACUUUGGUGA